UAUUUUCUUUGUCGGGCUGAAAACCAACUGGAAAAAGACAGAUAACCGUCCCAACAAUGCAUGCCCUGAGGAUUCUCUAUGUGUUGCUGCUGUCAGUAGCAGUUAAUUCUAAGGGGCUGAUGUUCCAGCCUCUGGACUGUGCUGAUAUCUACAACGACGGCUCUAAGACCAGUGGUGUCUACAGGAUGUACCCUGCUGGACCCAACUCUCCUCGAUACGUCUACUGUGAUAUGGACACCGACGGAGGGAAAUGGACUGUGUUUCAGAGGAGGAUGGAUGGGACAGUGAACUUCUACAGAGGAUGGGACCAGUACAAGAACGGCUUUGGACACGCAGCAGGAGAGUACUGGCUGGGUCUGGACACCAUCUACCUCCUGACCCUGAAAAAGAAUUACGAGUUGAGGGUGGACAUGGAGGACUUCGACGGACAGAAAGCCUACGCUUUCUACUCCUCCUUCGCCAUCUCUCCCAAAGUCACAGAUCCUGAACUGGAUGGCUACAAACUCCAGGUUACUGGCUUUAAAGAUGGAGGAGCAGGGGACUCUCUCACCUAUCACAGCGGUAUGAAGUUCUCCACCUUCGACCGAGACCAGGACACCAACUGUGCAGUCGGCGCGGUCGGAGGUUAUUGGUACAACGAGUGUUACUUCUCAAACCCAAACGGUCUUUACACGUGGGGAUUGAACUCACAGAUGGGAGUCAACUGGAGGGGAUGGAAGACCUUCUACUCUGUGAAAGCCAUAUCCAUGAAGAUUAGGCCUGUGAACCUGUGAAGGUCCUUCACAAAGUCCU